AUCCCAUCCCCUGCACCCACAACCACCACCAUGUUCACCAGCAACAAAGCCCCAACCCACAACCACCGCCUCCGCAUCACCGCCGGCCCGCGCUACGACCCCCAAACCCACCAACUCGUGCACGUCAACGGACCCUCGCCCAUCCGCAUCCGCAGCCCGCACCUCACCGCCGACAUCUGGGUGCGCAUCAAGGAGUACACCGGCUACCCCGACUCCUCCCCGAAAUCCCACCCCUACUUCACGCACCCCGCCACCUCCGCCAACCGCUACAGCAUCACCCUCUCGCUGACCUUCCACCAAGACCUCAACGGGGAUGACCUCCUCUUCGGCAACGACUUCGACCACCCGAUCCGCGACUACCUCCCGCCCGGCUUCGGCGCCGCCUUCAAGGUCGUGAAGACAAUGCUCGACCCCUCCAUCGACGGCGACGCGUACGCCGACAAACCCUACCUAUACAGCCCGGCGCUAGCAUCGUGGAACCAGUUCCGGAUUGGGGAGGCGAUCUCCCCCGCCCGCGGUGAAACCAAGACAGCGCCGGGCGCGGAUCCGCUUGUCCUGGAGGGGGCGGAGGGGUCCGGGGCGGAGGUGCGGGAACGAUACGGGCUGCCGGGGGAGGCGGCGGCGCGGACGAAGCAUUUCCGCGACGAGGAGAGGCGGCGGGGGUUUGUGUUCGAGGCGGGGAGAGUGUACGAGGCGGACUUUGGGAAUCCGUAUCUGGAUUUUGAGGAAUUCGCGAUCCACGUCCCCGGCAUCACUCUGAACAUCAGCAAGUAUGUCAGCGAGAAGAACAACGUGCUGCGCUACGUGCUGAAGAACCGCGCCACCGGGCAGGAGUACCUCGUGAUCGGGUUUACGGUGGUGCUGGACGGGGCGGACGAGACGCCCGAAGGCGCGGAUGAGGUCGAUUAGACGUCCACCACGGCCCCGCAAUCCGAGU